AAAAAAACCUUUAAAAGUUGAGAUGCAGGCGCUCACAAUCUAUGUCCGGUGUCCUCGGCAGCCCAAUUUGCGACCGGAAAUCUCUGUCGGGCGGCGGUUUGAUUCUCCAGCUCUCUUAAAUGGCAAUGGCGUCUGCAAUGAGAAUAGUUCUUGGCUUGCUAACGAUUGUUUCUGUUGGCAUGAUUAUAGGAGCCAUUCGUCAGUUGGUAUUUAUUCAAAAGUUGGAAGAUUCUUAUGGUGAGUCACAUUUUGCCAAUGAUAAAGAGGCGGAAAUCUUACGACUUGGAUAUGUUAAACCAGAAAUACUUAGCUGGUCACCUCGAAUCAUUUUACUGCAUAACUUUUUGAGUGCAGAGGAAUGUGACUACCUUAGAGCAAUUGCAAAGCCCCGACUCCAGAUUUCGACAGUAGUAGAUGCAAAAACAGGGAAGGGAAUCAAAAGUGAAGUGAGGACAAGCUCUGGUAUGUUUUUGAAUGCUGAAGAAAGGAAAUAUCCAAUGAUAGAGGCUAUUGAAAAACGGAUUUCAACAUAUGCUCAAGUACCAGUAGGGAAUGGAGAAUUGAUUCAAGUCUUAAGGUAUGAAAAAGGUCAGUUAUACAGACCACAUCAUGAUUAUUUUUCAGAUACAUUUAAUCUGAAACGCGGUGGCCAGCGCAUAGCAACGGUGUUAAUGUACUUGACUGAUAAUGUCGAAGGAGGGGAAACAUAUUUCCCACUGGCUGGUUCAGAAGAAUGCAGCUGUGGAGGGAAAAUGGUGGUAGGGAUAUGUGUAAAACCUAACAAAGGAGAUGCAGUGCUAUUUUGGAGCAUGGGGCUAGAUGGUGAAUCAGACCCAAAAAGUAUUCAUGGAGGAUGUGAAGUAUUAUCAGGGGAGAAGUGGUCAGCAACCAAAUGGAUGAGACAGAAAAUUACUUUUUGAUUCAUACAUUUGUUUCCAUAUAAUAAUACAUUAUACAUUAUACAUGUUACCUUCUUAAUUAAUUAGCAACAACCAUAAAAUAGAUACAUACUUACAUACAUAUGAUAUAUACAAAUUUAUUUAUAGUAGAUUCUUAUAUUAUC